AUGUUGUGCGACAGUGACGUUGCCACUUCCUUAGCAGGGCAACGUGAUGCCUGCAAUUGGAGGGUUUGUCGGGUACUCAACGAACAGGAAUCCCCACUAGGUUCUGAACAUCGCUCUCUAUGGUUUUUGUGCACAAUUUGGGGUCCACAUGAGCAGUCCAUACUGUUUCUUCUACUACAGUCGGCGCUGCCAUUCCAGGAUACAGGACUAGUCAAUCCAAUCAUAUCCGAACUGCGUCUCGAAAGCAUAGAGGAACAAUAUAGGACGCAAGGGUUUGAAGCGGUUGAUAAUGAAACGAUUAUCCAAGAAAUCCAUCACCUGGAAGAGCUCUGCAUCAACGAUAUCGCUUUAUCCAUUUCAAUUAAUCCCGCAAAUGGUGAUUCAAGCUUGAGACUGACGUUGACAGUCCCCAAGGUCGUCUCUUCGCUGGCCAAUUCAGUUGUCGCCAAGUUGUACAGUAGCCUCAUCGAGCAGUUUAUAGAGGGAGGCCAAAAUCUGUUGACCUUGGUGCACGAGCAAGAGGAGACAAUACACCGAAAGGACGAUGUGGUUCAGUUUUUGAAGGAUACUACAGUGGAUCUUGGUGGUAGCAGUACAAUUGACAGGUGGGCUCCCCCUGGUUCCAUAAACUACCAUGUUUUGAAACCGCGUGGCGCCCGUCGCGUGAACAAACUGGAUUUGAACCGCGAAAGCUCGGCAAGACGCAUCCUGUGCAGUAAGAUAUUGGACAAUACACGUUUGUGGGCCAACCCAAUCGGCGAGGAGGCCAGAGAGCCACCGUUGAAGCGCACUACAUCCUUUGAUGAGGAGCUCGCGUCGAAGGAGGAGCGCGAGAUUGAUGUUGUUGAAUUUGACAAAGAACCGUCCUCUUCGAUAAAUACGGGCUCCUCAACGGAGGGUUCUACACCGUCUCCAAGCAAGCGUCUACGUAAGUUUGGCAAAAUCAAAGCCAAAACGGAUGGAGAGGCUAGUUGA